AAAAUAUUAUUUUAUAAUAAUUUACAAUUAUAAUAAAAUAAAACUAACACAUAAUAGUAGUUGAAUUGGGUAAAAGUAUCUGAGCCUAUAUACUUAAUAAUUCUUCUAUAAAUAUGGGGUAUCUACCUACUGUUUUUUUGUCUUAGAACGCGGAAUGAAGAAGUAUUGAUCAAACAUUAAGCUAAUUAAGUUUAGGUGCAUGAAACUAUUAUGUUUCUAGUCCAUCACAAGGGGCAUUUAAUACUAGUUGUUAGCUUACAGCUUAUAUGAGCUCUACUUUUUAUUUAAGUCGAAUUCAAGCUGUUACGGAAUUUCCCCUAUUAAGCUAAUUAAGUUUAGGUGCAUGAAACCAUUAUGUUUCUAGUCUAUCACAAGGGGCAUUUAAAUACUAGUUGUUAGCUUACAGCUAUACGAGCUCUACCUUUUGUUAAAGUCGAAUUCAAGCUGUUACAGAAAUUUCCCUAUUUUUUUCCUAUUUGUGUAAUAUCUUAAAUAUAAACCACCUACAAGAUUAUAAAGUACUAAAAAUCAAACAAAAUUAGUAAACUGUUUGUAGGUUGAUAACCUUAGUUAGGUGGGAUAAUGCCCUAACUAGUAGUAUCCCAUUGUCGUAUCUACCUACUAAAGAAUUAUAAGACGUUGAAAAGCCUAUAAAUAUGGCUAUUUAUCUUCUUUUCAUCAUUCAUUUCCGGUUCUUUUCAACAUUCUCCCUAGAAAAUCCACAAAUGUUUACUUUUAAGAGCUUUUUCUUGACAGUAACAAUAAUCUUUUGUGCCUUACAAAAAUCAGAUAGCUCGGCGAGUUUCACAACUAAGAAUAUUAACGUAGGAGUGGUGAGUUUGAGAAAUUUUGGGGAUUUGAUUUUUUAUGGGGAAGUUAGUGUUGGUACUCCACCACAAAAGUUCAACGUAGUGUUCGACACCGGAAGUUCAAACUUUUGGGUUCCGUCAACGAGGUGGCCUACUAAAACCAUGUUUCGACACCAAAAGUUUAAUGCCAAGGCAUCGAAGACCUACUUUCCAGUUCCAGACAGACAUGAUGAAAGUAUUGAAUAUGAAGCUGGUGCACUGAAAGGUAACCUAUCCCGAGACAAUCUCAUGCUUGGUGGGGUUAUGCUUGAGGCGCAAGACUUCUUUGUUGGGUUUAACCCAGAUUCUCAUCUUACAGAAGUCAAAUUCGAUGGAAUACUCGGACUCGCAUUGCCAUCUCUGAAGAUUGCUGGAACUAAGACUGUAUUGGAGAAUCUGGUGGAAAAAAAUUUGAUAAGCCAGCGCAUUUUUUCUAUACGGAUGAAGACUUCUCGCAAGCGCAAGAGAGCUGGAGACGAAGUUCAAAACGCUGGUCAAAUAACUUUUGGCGGACUCAACAAAAGACACUUCCGUGGCGAACAUGUAUAUGUUCCUGUAUUGUCGGGGACAGGCUUUUGGAAAAUUUCAAUGUCUCAAAUCUAUGUUGGUGCACAUGCUGUCGAUGUUUGUAUUCCACAAUGCUUUGCAUUUGUGGACUCUGGGACUACCGAUAUUUAUGGCCCAAAGGAACAAAUCAAGAAGAUCUAUGAAAAGCUUGGAACAGAAAAAGUUUUUGCAUGCUCGGAAUUUAAAAAGUUGCCGGCGAUGAUCUCCUUCCUAAUUGGAGGAAAGCGUUUAUUUAUCAAUCGAAACAACUACGCAUACGAAUACACUGACACAAAGGAUGCAAAACGAUGCGCCCUUCGUCUUGUGACAUCUGACACUGGCACUGACACAUGGAUUUUGGGUAUGGCGUUCAUGCAAGCUAUCCAUACGGUCUUCGAUUUUCAAGAUUUUAACAGACCAAAGAUCGGUUUUGCUGAAGCAGUACCAUAAGCAUGGAGACAAAAGAAGAGAAGAAACACUAUUAAAAAACGAUACUUAAGUUAUAUUAAAGUUUAUGCAGAUGAUCCGUAAGCAUAUUAUCUUAAUAAAAAUGAAUUAUCUAUAUAUCUUUUUGGUCAUUGUUUUGAAUGGAUUAUCUAUCAUCUUUAUAUAUACUCAAAACGAACUAAAGUAAAUAAUCACUCAAUAUGUACAAUUUAGACUAGUUAAAAACUUUGCUUCAAUGGCUAUUCCAUGUAACUUGACAACCUCGAUCUUGUCCCGAGAUCACUCUAGUCAGGCAAAGCUUCUCCUGAGUAUCAUGGCUACUUUGGUCCUAAAAACUUGCACAUUCUCUCUUCUCUCUGGUUUGACGUUUCUUCCAACGGAGUCUCUAUAUACACAACUCAAACGCCAUCUCAACUUCACCAACAUGCUCUAACGUGUUGAGCAAGGCAGCCAAAGAAGAACAUGUAAGCUUACGCCGAAGCGUGCGCUACAGAACAAGAACGUAUAGCAGCAAUUUUGGUUAACAAAUAACGGUCUAGAGUCUCGUAGACACUUCCAAAACCCUUUAAAACUUCAACGCUAUUCCUUUGCAUCUCUCAUACGUCUUUUUAUAAGACAUAUUAUUUUUCGCUAAUUCAGUAUUUAUGAAAAUAUAGAAAACCCAAUCCAUUGUUAAAAAAAAAAACAAUCCAACAUUUUUUAGUAUUUUGUGUUACGAGAUUGGCUGAUUGGCUUCUGUAAUUAAUUGAACUUCUAACCCGAAAUCCAUUUUCGUCAUCAUCUAACUAUAUCCAUCGAAAAAUGAAUGAAGCCUGCCCCUUCAUUCAUUAAAUAAUAGAUUUUCUGGUGGAAGAUCUUUCAUAUUACUUUACGUAAAAUAGGGUUGUGUUCUCAUUAAAUCUAUGUUUCCUUGUUUAUAUAACUCAGUGGUUAACUUCAAAUGCUGUUUGAAUAAUUUGAUAGUCACUGUAGAUGGAGAUGUUUUAAUUGUUAAUAGUGUACGUGAGAGUAUGUCCUACAUAUGGAACUUUAAAAUCUACAAGAUGGGUUUAUCCAAAGGGAGCAAGUGGGAGGAAGUUGUAACUUUGGCAAACGAGGCCAUUCUUUUAGAAUUGGGUAUCACAGUGCUUGCCAACGACAUGGAAGGAAUCAAGAGAAACUCGAUCUACUUCAAUUGUUCUGAUUUAAUAAAUCCAUAUGAUGAAAAUGAGAUUUUCAUAUUCAAUCUUGAUACAAAGAAGGUUAAACAACUGAAUCAGUUUGUUUGUUUGUCCGUUCAAUGCUCUAAUGCACGAUGGUUCUUACCAAGUUUCAAACGUGAAUGAUUAAUCACUGUAAAUAUGUUCACUACAUUUUUAUUGUAUUUUAUAUGAGCAGUUUGGAAAUAAUUUCAUUUGCAUUUGUAUCAUUUUCAAGUUUCUGUGUUAAAUUUUCAGGUAUGUAUUUGGCUUUAAGCCUUUAACUAAUGCGUUUGAGAUUGUGUAACUUUUUUUUUCUGAUACAUUUUAGCCAAAACAAGGUUUAUUCACGGAAACAAGUCAAUAGCUAGUAGUUUUGAUAGUUCCAAAAAAAAAAAGCUAGUAGUUUUGACUCACAUCUAAUCGUGAAAGAUAUUAAGAAAACUCCAUAUUCAUAGGGAUUUUAAUGGUUAUGAUAAUUGUAAAAUCUAAAUGUGAAGGUAUAAUAUAAUAAAUUUGCAGGUAAGUCUAUUUUAAUUUGAAAGUUUCGUAUAAUAAAACUAACAAUUCGGAGUAAUGGGAUUACGAUCCUUAUAAGAUAAAACAUAUAUAUAUAUAUAUAUAUUUAGCGUUGCAUUGAAUUUGUGUAUAUAUGGAUGUAAAAUAGUUCGAUUGGAUCUGAUCUUAUAUGAUAGUUCUCGUAAAGAAAUAAGUUUAUACAUAUAUCUCCACGAAUUAACAAUUUCAAAUCUAUUUACUCUUCAACUGAAAUUUCAAAUUUAAUUACCCAUAAACCAUAAUUUUAUUUGGUUUAUUACCAACCAGAUAAUUCUAAACCGACUAAACCAAACUAACAUUCAUUUUUUAGUUUGAUACUGUUUUCUUAAACUCCGGUUCAAGUUAUGAAAUUAUAAUAUAAAACCCUUAUAUCGCCUCAAAUCUGGAACCAACGAUCGUAAAUUAACUACGAGAUUGGCAAAAGAAAGCAAUAUAAAUUUACCAUACGUGAAUUAUAUUAUUGUUUUGGUGGCUAUACCAAUAGCAUUUAUUUUUACACUAAAUAAAUAAAUUAGAAAAAUAAUUGCAGUAACUCUAAUGGAAACGCAUGCAUUUACCUUAUUUAAUGGUUAACCGAUAACCCUUACCUAAAUAUAUGACAGUUGACUACGUACGUCUCUAAUGUCUCUAAGAGGUGAGAGUUAGCUCUUUACAAACUUUCUCUAAUAGAAAGAACGAAAACGAAAACCCUAUUUUCUCCCAUAUUCCACCUGAUGGCCUCUAACGCUGUCUCUUUUUCUAUGGCAGUCACUCCAUCAGGACCAAAAAGAAAUCUCCGUUGCUGGUCCGAGCUUCCUCGAGAUCUCAUGCGAUCGAUCUUCGAGCGCCUUGGAUAGUUGGAUUUGCUGAUUUCGAACGAGCUAAAUCCGUUUAUCAUUGCUUGCGUCAGUUUUGGUCGUGUGAUAGAGAAGCUUGGUCAACAUUGGCCGCACAAAUCUUUUUCUCGAAUAUGUAACUUAGUUUUCAAUUUUGAUAAACUCUUUGAUAAAAUACCAAACGUGUUAUUUUACUCUCUAAAUGUUUUUCAAAUUCUAUUUAUAGAUUUUAUUUUAUUCUAGAAAUCUGAUUAAGAUAAGAACUAAUUAUUUAUCUAAUCCUAAUUUACAAGAAAAAUAGCUUAGUUUGAUAUCAUUAUCCUAAUAGUGUUUUAUAUCGAAACAUGCUACUAACUUUUUUUUUAUUUUUUUUUUUUAUUUUUGGUAAAAUGUUAAAUAUUAUACCAUUUUUUAAGUUUUGACAGAGUUUACAGAGACAACUAGUAGCGGAAUUGCAAAAUGAAACUAAACAGACGGACAAAAGCAACAAUGAAUUGAAACCAAAGAAGAGCGACAAACCUAAUAACUAGCUAAACAGCGAGACGCGCUAAGACCAAGCGAAACCAGAAGGUCGGAGAUAGAUAGCCAGUUACCACGAGCUACCGAGAGCUAGGCGCCCUCAAACCUAGAAGCUACGGCUCCUGCAGCUUCCUACCACCUUCCCAACACAACCAACUCGAAGAAUCAUAGCACAUACUUACUACCAAACUAGACAGACGCACCUCCGACGGCACGAGAGAGAGCCUUCACGCGACGAUGCCGUCGUUCAAACGGCAGACCUGAAGAUUGCCGUCUCCAAACCCGACCCUUUGUGACCGUAUACACCCUUUGAACCGAAAUCUCAUAUAGAGAAAGCGGACCGAACAAAAGCUAACCCUCCAGAAGUGAACCUACAAGAGAAGCAGCAAACCCGAGAGCCGAACUGCCGCACAGAGACAAGAGAAUGGCCGCAUCGACCAUAGGAAAAACAAGACAAAGUCACCCUUUGGUUGCUGCCAAAACCUAUACAAACGGGCUGAUGACAGCAGCAACUCCACAACACACACCACAGCCUCUGCUCAAACCGGAAGAGCCCAUCCACUAGGAGACAGAACGUAAACGGCUGACCCCAGUGCUGGGAAGAUGAGCGCAAACCAAGAAAACCCGAGAAUCCGCCUGAACCGAAGACCCCUCGGCGAGGAAGAGCAACUCGGACAUGGACAGUCCUUGAGAACAUGCUACUAACUUUAUUAAAAGAAAGCGUUAUUAACAAAAUCUCAUCAAAUCACUUGUCUUCUUUAGCUUUCUCGUUCAUCUUCUUCUCCCACCUUCUUUUCCUGUAAUCAAGACGCAUAUGAGGUAUGUCCAGCAUCAGCUUCGCAAUCCUCUCCCUUUUCUCAGCUGAGAUUCUGUGGCACUUAUGACAUUUCUUAUUCGUCCUCAUCGCUUACCUCUCUAGAUCAUAAGUCCAAUCCUCUCUAUACUCUCCAGCAGUCAACAUUUCUUUCCUCGGAGCCGGCCUUAUUAUUAACUAUUUUAGUUUUAACUGAAAGAGGUAAUUAACUCCGUAAACUCAACAAAAUCAACAUGUUCAUUGUGUAUAUUGAUGUGAAUAUGUAACUACCACAGUAUUAUUUAUCACAUUUAUGAGGUUUGAAAUAAGUAUGGACUAUAAGCUAAAUGAUCAAUAUAAAUAUUUAACUAAUUUUAGAGCAUAAUAUAUAUACAUUCAUACUUUUUGAAUGUCGAUUUCAUGUUCAUCCAUAUAGGUAUAAUAAGACUUAUUUCAUCCAUAGAGGAUCGUGGUAAUUGUUUACCAACUUAAUCAUAUUCUUCUACGUGCUUCACCUACCUAAGCAUUCCAGUGCAUAUGACAAAAUUAAGACUACUCAUUUUUGUCAAGAAAAAAAGCAUUGCGAACUCUGAAUAUGAAAGCCACCUAACAAAAAAAAUGUUUGAGAAAGGAAUUGAUUUAGUAACGUACAAGAUAAAGCUCUUAUGCACAUUUAAGUCAUGCCACAAACCAGUUUUUGUUCUAUAUUAUCGGUUUGUAGCUUGGAAUUUAGAUAAUUAUGAAGGUUGGGAUAAAACAUGAUGAUCAAGAAAAUGUUGCCAAUUAUUAUUAAUGCUUAAAUUCAAAAACAAAACAACGAAGAGAAACCCCUGUAGUUAGGGAUCAAUCAUUCCUGAAACUUGCUAAGAACCAACGAGCUCUAGAGAAUGAAACACAGGAACCCCUGUAGCAGCGGAAGAUCUAGAUUUCUAAUUUCUAAGUCACAAUCACAAAUCUACAAUAAUUCACUAUAGAAAUAAAAACUUUUCAAAAAUAACAGUUUUCGUAAAAAUUAUUGAGAAAAUGCAACCUAUUGAUGAAAUAUUCUGAAAAAAUAUUUAUCUAUCAACAAAAGUUCUUGUUAUCCUAAUUUCAAAGUCACAACUCCAAAUCUACAAUAGUACUCUAUACAAAUGAAAACUUUUCAGAAAUAACAGUUUUU